AUGAUAAAAAAUGACAAUUGUCACUCACAUUCUAUCGAGACAAAAUGUAGUGAACUCCAAGACAUACAUAACGAUUUAAACAAGAAGUUUGAUGAAAGAAAACAUAAUUUGGAUAAAUCAACCGAAGUCCAUGAAUCUUUGCAACAGGUAGGUAAAUUAUGUUUGGUAUUAAAUAGUACUUUCAGUGUCAAUAUACAUGAUAGUUGCUUGCAGAUGAAACGUAUAAGUAUAUGCUUUCUGGACUUCUUUUGGACUUCUGUAUGUCAAAAAAUUUCUUUCAUAAAUCGCAUGAAAUGCAGUCCCAGGCCAGGGUGGGAAACUGGUGGAGACUCCCCAGAUGCCUACGAUACGACACCACACCAAACAUUUUGUCAUCAACAACCAUCUUUCCCCUAGAUUUCCACACUUAGUAUGGUGUGGUUCCUUUCUGUAGAUGCCCCACCCCCUCCCACACUGACGAAUUCUUAAAAAAGGCCCAGCAGGUCACCGGUGUAAUGCUAUGUCUUUCCAGGUAACGAAAUGGUGCAAUGCUGGCGUAGACAUCCUGGUCUCACAGCCACUGGACAGGUUUCAGUCAGCAGAGGGAGCUGAAAAAGGGCUAAAGGAAAUUGACCAAUUUUUAAAGAAAUUAAACCUCAAGGAGUAA